GUGCAGUCAACCAAAAGAGCGGAUCCCGCUGAACUGCGAAAUAUUUUUUUGCAGUAUGCCAGUGUCGAGAAAGAUGGUGAACAUUACAUGACCCCAGAAGAUUUUGUGCAAAAAUACCUAGGACUUCAUACAGAUCCGCGUUACAAUCCUAAAACAGUGCAGCUGUUGGCUGGAGUGGCAGAUCAAACAAAGGAUGGGUUGAUUUCCUAUCAAGAAUUUUUGGCAUUUGAAUCUGUUUUGUGUACUCCAGAUGCAAUAUUCAUUGUUGCUUUUCAGUUGUUUGACAAGAGUGGCAAUGGAGAAGUAACAUUUGCAAAUGUCAAAGAAAUAUUUGAACAAACUAUUAUUCAUCUUCAAAUCCCCUUCAACUGGGACUGUGAGUUCAUUCGACUGCAUUUUGGACAUAACAGGAAGAAGCAUCUUAACUAUUCAGAGUUCACUCAGUUUCUUCAGGAGCUGCAGUCAGAACACGCAAGACAAGCCUUUGCACUGAAGGACAAAAAUAAAAGUGGUAUGAUAACUGGGCUGGACUUCAGUGACAUCAUGGUUACCCUUCGCUCACAUAUGCUAACUCCAUUUGUGGAAGAAAAUUUAGUUUCAGUGGCUGGUGGAACUGUUUCACAUCAGGUCAGCUUCUCCUAUUUCAAUGCAUUUAAUGCCCUUUUGAAUAACAUGGAUCUUGUUAGGAAGAUAUACAGUAACAUAGCAGGUACAAGAAAAGAUGUUGAAGUCACAAAAGAGGAAUUUACCCACUCUGCAAUCCGAUUUGGACAAGUUACACCACUGGAAAUAGAUAUUUUGUACCAGCUUGCAGAUUUAUACAGUGUUACUGGGCGCUUAACUUUGGCAGAUAUUGAGAGAAUAGCACCGCUGGCUGAAGGUGCAUUACCUUACAACUUGGCAGAACUCCAGAGGCAGCAAUCUUUUGGAGAGCUAGGCAGGCCUAUCUGGCUCCAGGUAGCCGAGUCAGCUUACAGGUUCACUUUGGGCUCAAUUGCUGGAGCUGUUGGUGCCACUGCGGUAUAUCCCAUAGACCUGGUGAAAACUCGUAUGCAGAAUCAGCGCUCCUCUGGCUCAGUCGUAGGAGAGUUGAUGUAUAAAAGCAGCUUUGACUGCUUUAAAAAGGUUUUGCGUUUUGAAGGAUUUUUUGGUCUUUACAGAGGCUUGUUACCACAGCUGAUAGGUGUUGCUCCAGAAAAGGCUAUUAAGCUAACUGUUAAUGACUUUGUCAGAGACAAAUUUACUAAGAAAGAUGGUUCCAUUCCACUCCCCGCAGAGGUCCUCGCUGGAGGCUGUGCAGGAGCUUCCCAGGUCAUCUUCACUAAUCCGCUGGAGAUUGUAAAGAUUCGGUUGCAGGUAGCAGGAGAAAUUACCACAGGACCCAGAGUCAGUGCCCUCUCUGUUAUGAAAGAUUUAGGUCUUCUUGGUCUUUAUAAGGGUGCCAAAGCGUGUUUCCUCAGAGACAUUCCCUUUUCUGCAAUCUACUUUCCUGUUUAUGCUCAUAGUAAACUGAUGCUUGCUGAUGAAAAUGGCCAUGUGGGAGGGCUUAAUCUCCUUGCAGCUGGAGCCAUUGCAGGUGUGCCUGCUGCUUCUUUGGUAACCCCUGCUGAUGUCAUCAAGACAAGACUGCAAGUGGCAGCUCGCGCCGGUCAGACAACAUACAGCGGCGUUAUUGACUGCUUCGGAAAGAUCCUAAGGGAAGAAGGCCCGUCGGCUUUCUGGAAGGGAGCUGGAGCUCGCGUGUUCAGAUCUUCGCCCCAGUUUGGUGUUACUUUGGUCACUUACGAACUUCUGCAGAGGUGGUUUUACGUCGAUUUUGGAGGCCUGAAACCUUCUGGAUCAGAACCUACUCCAAAAACUCGGAUUUCAGACCUUCCUCCUGCUAACCCUGAGCACAUAGGUGGAUACAGACUUGCUACUGCUACGUUUGCUGGUAUAGAAAAUAAAUUUGGUUUAUAUCUUCCAAAGUUUCAAGCAUCGGGCAUUGCCUCAGCUCAACCAAAAAGCAGCAGCUGAAUCCCAAAAAGAUGUUUCAGCCAAACAAAGCGAUGCAGUGGAAAGAGUUCACAAGAGUAGUACUGUAUUUUGUUGUUCUAGCUGAACUAAGCUUGCAAAUCUAAUUACUCUUUUCUAAUAU